AUGGCUGCUUGUCAUAUCCGUUCAAUCAGCUUACCUUCCAGAUCUCAUCCUCUAAUUGUUAAUAUUGAGGAGCAAUUGUACAAAUUGAAGGCAUCUAAGUCCUCAUCAAUGAGCUGCAAAUUGAAUGGCCUAAAGAAUUUGUUCGAGUGCAUUGAUGAUUUGCUUCAAAUGCCUAUGGCCCAACAAAGUCUAACCCGAGAAAGGCAAAACCUGUGUGUAGAAAGCACAUUGAAUGGAUCUAUGGAGCUGUUGGAUUUGUGUGAUUCCACAAGAGAUCUUUUCUCACAGAUGAAGGAAUGUGUGCAAGAACUUGAAUUAUCUCUUCGCAGAAGAAAAGGCAAAGACUCUGGCAUCGCAUUGAAGUUGAGGGUUACAUGGAAUCUAGAAAGAAGUUGA